CGCCUAUAUCCGAAAUUUCGGGCUCAUCUUCCACACAGUCGCCGGUAUCGUUCGGAGGAGGAGGAAGAAGAGGAAACAGAGGAAUGUUGGCGGCAAUGUCCGUGGCCAGUUGCCCCUCUGGUCCUCCUCCCCCUCCGGCCCUCGAAGCAGCGUCGCCGCCAGAGCUCCACCAGUUCAUCAGGCACCCGCCUUGGAGGAGCGUCGGUGCCAGGAGUCAGGGGAAGGGGGUAGCGGCCCGGGCGACGAAGGAGAAGGGGCCUGGUUUCCUGACGGCACUGAACAGGGCGAUGGAGGAGGAGGAGUACAGGAAGGCGAGGGCAGAGGUGCAGAGGAAGGGCAUCGAGGUGGAGGGCGUCAUGGUGGAGGGUAUCUCCGUCGGCGGCCACGAGACGUGCGUGGUGGUGCCCAGCCUCAACGUGGCCUUCGACAUCGGCCGCUGCCCUCAAAGAGCUGUCCACCAGGACUUCCUCUUCAUCACCCAUGCUCAUCUCGACCACAUUGGUGGAUUACCAAUGUAUCUUGCUACACGGGCACUUUACAACUUGAAGCCUCCAACUGUGUUCGUGCCACCCUGCAUUAAAAAUGAUGUUGAGAAAUUGCUAGACAUUCACAGGUCCAUGAGUCAGGUGGAACUAAAGUUGGAUUUGAUUGCAUUAGAUGUGGGGGAAACCUAUGAAAUAAGAAACGAUCUGGUUGCUAGACCAUUCAAAACUUACCACGUUAUUCCUAGUCAGGGAUAUGUCAUUUACUCAGUUAGGCGCAAGCUGAAGAAGAUGUAUGCUCAUCUUAAAGGAGAUAAGAUAAAAAAUUUGAAGCUUUCUGGGGUUGAGAUUACAGACACAAUACUGUCCCCAGAGGUUGCCUUCACAGGAGAUACAACAAGUGAUUUUAUGCUAGAGCCAAGAAAUGCAGAUGCUCUUCGAGCAAAGAUUCUUAUAACUGAGGCGACCUUUCUUGAUGAUGACAUUAGCAUUGAACAUGCACGACAGCAUGGCCACACUCAUCUAUCUGAGAUUAUUGGGAACGCUCAGUGGUUAAGGAACAAGGCAAUAGUGCUCACACAUUUCUCAUCGAGAUACAAAAUGGAGGAUAUUCGUGAAGCAGUAGCAAAACUGCAGCCGAGGUUGUCGGCGAAGGUUGUCGCUCUGACAGAAGGAUUCAGAUCCAUGUAUAAUUAACAUGUAAAUAUCUAUUGCUCUUAUCAAUUUAAGUGAAAUUUUGGUAGUCCUA